AUGUCUAUCAAAGCAAAGAGCUGUUUUGAAUUUACGCUACAAGACCUCUCAAAGCUUCCCCCGAAGGUCUAUAGUCCUCCUUUCGCAACCAGUCACGACACAUUUUGGCAAUUGAAGUUUAAGCCGACGUCUCAAGAUUAUCCAGAACAUUGUUCUGUAUAUCUAGUGGCACUUCCGAAUCAAGAAGAGGUAAACACAACGUCGACAUGGCCAAAUCGAGCACAAUAUUCUGCUGAUAUUUAUCUAAAGAACCCGAGAACCUUUCUUAUAAUUAAGAAAAUGAGUCUGGAUACCAGCAAAUUUUCCGCAAUAAAACCACUAAGAGGUUGGAAUAGAUUUUGCAAGAAAAGUCUAUUGAUCUACGACGAUCUAAUUCUCGGGGUAGAAUUUGAUACUACGGAAUUUCAGCCGAAUGAUCUGAAGCCGUCUUUUCCCGGGAAUGGUAAACCAUUUCCUAAUGAUCUUUUACAGGCUUGGGGUGAACAGCUAAAUAAACUUGAAACUGCUGAUGUCGAAUUUAGAGUGCAAGGAGUCUCUAUCUAUGCAAAUACCUCGAUACUAUCCAAGCGAUCACAGUAUUUUAAGAGGAUGUUUGAAGGGAAAUGGAUUGAAUCUGUAGCAUACAAUAAUCACAAAAUUUCACAGAAACAGCCUCAAUUACCUCGACUAAAAAAAUUGCCGAUAACGUCACCACAUGAACUGCAGAUAAUAUUACAACAGCAAUCAUCCAAAUCACCAUCAAUACCUUCAUUAAUUCCAAUAUCAACAUCAGCAAAGCAUUUUUCUCUUCAUGAACUUCCUCCAAUAAUAUCAUCAGCAUCAACUACAGCAUCAUCAUCAUUAUCAUCAUCGUCAUCACAGCAACAACAACCACAAAAAGCUGCAGAAUAUAAUACAAUUACUCCAUCACCAUCAAAACGAAAAAGAUUGGACGAGUUUGGCAUGAAUGACAUGAUAUCAGCAGUCAACAUUAGUCUUGAUGACAUGAAACUCGUGCAAAAGACCAAUGAAAAAAUUGUUAUUCACGUCAUGGACUUUCAUCCUGACACGUUUAUCGAAAUGUUACGCUAUCUAUACACGAAUCAAGUGGCUUUCGGGCGAGAAGAUUCACACCGAAGCGCAAUUGAUAUAUACAAGAUUGCCGACAAGUAUCUAAUAGACACUCUGCAACAGAUUGCUAAAGUCAAACUGUGUAAAAGUGUCAAUAUUGAAAAUGCAGCUCAAUUCCUCUUUGGAACUGCAUGGCAGUAUGAAGAACUAAAAGAGCAUGUAAUGAGCUAUGUGGUACAAAAUUUCAAAAGUGUUCAGAAAACACGAGGAUGGUUAGAAAUUACUUCAAUUCCGGGGGAUUAUCCUUAUUUUGGUGAUUUACUUAACGAAAUCCUACGAGGAGUGUUAACGGACGGCGACUCGGAAUAUAGCGAUUCAUGA